AUGUCGACGAGGCCGCUGUCUUCUCACCAGAGAUCAACGUCAAAUGCGCCGGCGCCUACGUACUUUGAAGAGCAGCGAGCAGAGCUCCUACGGGAGAUAUCACUGAGCCUCGAAGGAGUGCUGCAGAACAUCAACAAAUUCAACCGGAACCUGGAGAGCAUCAUCACGGUCGGGAACGAGAUGAGUUCCGUCGAAGGGCUAUGGUCGCAGUUUGAAGGCGUGAUGGGUCGUGGUGAAGAGCAGGGCAACCAAGAAGUCAAAGAAGAGGAAGACAGGGACAGACAGUGA